GGACACACAGACCACUGUCUCUAGCACUCCUACGGUUUACAUACUACCUUGUCUGUUUUGCUGGCUCUACCACAGAGUCAUUGGGGACAGAUUACCUUGGACAAAGCACCAGGGACCCGGAGCCUUAGACCUCUCCACUCCUCUCAUCUCCCUAGUAGGACCAGGCUAAAAAUGGGCAAGGCCCUCUGUAUCGUGGCUCCCCUGAAAGGAAUGUUUGGUAAGUGGCUCUACAUGUGGUCAUAUUGUCAACAAACUAUCUGUUGAUAAGUAACUGCAUGCUAAGGUUAUGGAUAGGUUUAGAAUAAGGGUUAGGGUAAGGGGUAAGUUUAAGGUUAGGAUAAGGGUUAAGGUUAGGUCUAGGGUUAGUAAAUAGUUAGUUGAUGUGUUACUGAUCAAGUGUUACCCUUGACCGUUAUGUUUUCAAGUUACUGAGUUUACCUGUUUUUAAAUAGUCUUCGUUAGUGAUGAUACUGAUAAUAGAGUUUCUCUACACAACAUAAUAUGUAUCAUAGGAAUAACAGGACUGUGGUUGGGAAGUCAGAGGCUUAUAGAGGCAUCCCUAGUUGUAAAUUAUGUGGUUAACUGUGUGGAUAAAAGUCAACAUUGUGCUGUCCUCUUCAUUGACCUGUCAAAGGCUUUCGAUACUGUUGAUCACUCACUGCUAAGUCAGAGGCUUUCCUCAAUUGGCCUAGACCAGGCUGCAUGCAACUGGUUUAAAAAUUAUUUGACAGACAGAGCUCAAUGUAUAUCUACUGAUGGUGUUAAAUCAGGUUUCCUGGAUAUUAUGAAAGGUGUCCCGCAGGGGUCGAUUCUGGGUCCUGUACUUUUUACUUUAAAUUCUCUAAAACAAUUAUGGAGGCGGCUUAUGGUAGAGAAAUUAACAUUAAAUUAUCUGGCAACAGCUCUGUUGGACAUUCCUGCAGUCAGCAUGCCAAUUGCAUGCUCCCUCAAAACUUGAGACAUCUGUGACAAAACUGCACACUUUAGAGUGGCCUUUUAUUAUCCCAAGCACAAGGUGCACCUAUGUAAUGAUCAUGCUGAUUAAUCAGCUUCUUGAUAUGCCACACCUGUCAGGUGUAUUGAUUAUCUUGGCAAAUGAGAAAUGCUCACUAGCAGGGAUGUAAACACAUUUGUGCACCACAUUUGAGAAAAAUAAGCUUUUCUGUGUGUAUGGAACAUUUCUGGGAUCUUUUAUUUCAGCUCAUGAAACACUUUACAUGUUGCGUUUAUAUUUUUGUUCAGUAUAGUUAAGAAGCUGAGAAUAGAAAGACAGAAAUAGGUCCUGCCUCUCGCUAAAUAGUGAAAAGCAGAUUAUUCAGUAGACAUUCCUAUCGGUCCUAGACUAUGGCGACAUCAUCUAUACGAACGUAGCUGCCACUUCAUUAAAGCAAUUAGAUGCAGUUUAUCAUAGCGCACUGUGCUUUAUUACGGGCGACAAUUUUAGUACUAAUCACUGCAUUCUCUACUGGAAAGAUGGUUGGCCCUCUUUGAUGUCACAUAUGUUGAUACAUUGCUAUGGUUUCAUUUAUAAAGCCCUUUGACAAAAAGUCCCACUGUACCAAACAUCAUUACUAAACUUUAGACAAAGAAGUUACCACACCUGGUCUCGUCGAUGGCUAUCUCUGGAAAUUCCUUUGAUCUCUACUGAGUUAGGUAAAUCAGCUUUAAGUUUCCUUGCACGUUAUUUGUGGAACAAUCUUCUAAAUGUUCUUAAAUGUGAUGUUCUGGUGCCUCUAGGGCAAUUCAGAAAGAUGAUUGAGGACCUUAUUGCUGAUGAAUAUGUUUUUUUUUUAUGACCAUGUUUUUCUUCCUGCGUGUAUUUUGUGUUUUAUAUUUUGAUGUGUGCAUUUUCUGUAUUUUCUGUAAUUCUGUAAAAUAGACCUUGGUUUCGGUAUGACUCCCUGAUAAAAUAAGUCAGUAGUAAAUAUUUUCAAAAGGACACAGAGGAGCACUUUUCUAAAGAACACAUAUCUAGUGUUAGAAUUAGUUUGACUAAACAAAUUAUAAUUAUAGCUGAAAUAGAGUCUACAUGUUGACUUUCUGAAGUGUAUGUUUGUGCGAGUUGGUGUGUGUAUACUGGGGGUGAAUUUCCAAGAAAUGUACCCAAAAAGAAGAAGUGUCCUUUUUACAAAGUUUUUUCACCUGCAUAGGAAUCAUUCAAGAGAUAUUAUACAGUACAUGUUCUGUUGUCUGCUUUUUUAGUGAAUUACCAAUCCCUUCACUUAUAUUGCUAUUUUCUUUCUUGAUCCUUGAUCUCUCUUUUCUUUCAGGUCCUGUCGAAGGAGAACAAGGUAUUUGCCUGCUGUUGAUAACAUAAUCGAUUUUUGUAAUAAUUGAGACCAAGGGCUUAACUUUAACCACUCUUUAUACUAUUUCAACUCAUCCUAUAUCCCAAAACUCUUGUGCCAAAACUCAUGUUUUGACCAUGGUCAGUAAGCAGAACGCUCUCUCUCUCCAGACUGUGGCCACUGCUAUCAGAUAGACAUGGGGGCAGUGGUGGGCAUCAUCGCCUGUGACAUCAUCCUGACUCUCCUCAUCGCGCUAGCCGUGUUCUGUUUUGCUACCUUCCGGAAGAAGAGGAGUCAACAGGAGUCUCGACUGGAGGGUGAGAGGUGUGUGUGUGUGUGUGUGUGCGCGCUUGCUUGCUUGCAUCCUCCACCCAUCCCUAACCCCUCCUGUUUGCCAUCUCUCCUCAGGUAAAGGGAAAACACUCACAGCAUCAAAGAGGAAGACAGUAGAAAUCACAGAGUCUCCCUACCAGGUACAGAGGCACUAACCAUAGUAGAGCAAAGGCCUCAAAGCAUACAGAAUAUACAUUUACAUGGAGUAACUGUUAAUGGCUGGUGUGAUACUCUUAUGAUUCUUUCCCUGUUGAAUUGUUUUAUUUUUGCCUUUAAUGUUGUAGGAGCUGCAUGGAAUUCAGUCAGACGUGUACAGUGAUCUCCAACAGUUUCGGAAAUGAGACUACAUUUUUGGACAGGACUGCAUGUAUCAUGCUGCCUGGUGCUUAAAUCUGACAAGGACGGAACUUUGCACAUCUGGGAUUUAUAUUCAUACUCAUCUUCUUACUGUUAUCUUUCAACUUUUGUGUGUCUGUCUAAUUGUACAGUUAAUAGAAUAGCAUAAGACACAUUCAAGAGAUAUUGUAUAUAUUUUACAUACAUUUACCUGUUUAUGUUUGAUUAAUA